AUGAACACUCUGCCAAAUGGAAAUCAUAUUGGAGGCAACUACGCUUCUUAUCGUAGCUCGCCAUUGAGAGUCUGUAAGCUUAUAUUCCUUUACUUCUUCGUACUCACUUAUCUUCUCGCCUCAAAGCGCAUAACCAAUCGACGUGCAUUCGCAAACUCACACCAUAACUCUUUAAAAGGGAACAAUUCAAGGGUCGUUGUAACUCGGCAGAGUUCAAUUGAUUCUUCAAUAGAUGGCAAAGCAAACCAAAGUAGGCGGUUUUUUAAUAACGGUCCCUUUACGAAUCGUGGGUCUACCGUAGACGGUACUUCAGAAAGCGCUGAAGAAGAAAUGGAAGUGGAGGAGAUUGAAGAGGAGGAGGAAGAGGAGGAAGAGGAGGAGGAAGAGGAAACUGAACAAAUGGCAGAAAUGGAAGACGAACAAGAAGUAGUUCAGGAAUCGAUAAAAGAUAUAAAUAUGGAAGAAGAGUAUCAAUAUACUUCACAUGACUCUGGUGAAUCUAUUAUUUCUGAGGAAAGCAACUCGGAAAAUAAUGACAUUGAAGAAAAAAACUGGAAAGAAGAACGUAAGAUCAGAGAGAGAAUGCUUGAAGAGAUCAAAGCGGAACAUAACGCAAUUAAGAAGAGGUUUUUCGAAGCCAAAGAAAAAGAUUUAGAUAAGGAAAAAGACGAUAUAUUGCUUUAUUUACAUCCUGAACUUGUACGAUUAAGCGAAAAAAAAGAUGAAGCUCGUCAACGUCGUGAAAUAAACGCAGAACGAAGACGAAAAUUACGAGAUGAAGCGAUCGAGAUAAAUUUUGAGGCACAAAUGAGUCACUCGACGGGACAAUAUAUGGAUAAACGACGUGCUCUGAGAAAAUCUAUGCUACAGGAGAUACUGUCGAAAAAAAAUCGACUAAUUUAUGAAUAUUCACAGAGUAAACUAAAAUCAAAAGAAUCGACUUUAAUAGAUGAAAAAGAAGAAACAAUUAUCAGAAAAAUGGAAGAUGAUGAAUCACCAGAAUUUCUGAAAGAACAACAAGAAGAUGACUUGAGAUUAAUUCGUGAAUCAAUACAGACUAACAUGAUGUUGAUGCCAAAUCUAACAGCAAAACCUACGUCUACAACACCUUCAAUUCCCGCGACGUCUACCCCGAUAUCGACGUUGUCGAUCUCACAAUCGACAAGAUCUAUAGUCACCAGCAGUACACAAAAUCAAUCAAGAGAAUAUUCUGAAAACUCAAUAAUGCUUAAUAAAAAUACUUCAAUCGUCAAUGCAUGGCUCGCAACAGAGGAAGGCUAUGAAUCAGAUAAGGAUAACCAUUCUCAUCAACAAAACCGCCAAAAUCAUCCAAAUUAUCAAAAAGGACAUUUUCAAGGAGUAGUUUAA